AUGUGCCGUGUAAAAGAGGAAAAGAAGGAAGACGAGACUAUCACGGAAGAAUCGAGGAAACUUGCUGAUCAGGAAGCCAAACUCAACAUUGUCCUAUUUCACAUUGCCAAACACGCCUCAUCAGCCUCUCCUCACCCUGAACUCCGCACCAUCCACUCCGCGUUGCAAGCCGGAGACAAGCUCUCGGGAAAGAUCUUGUCUGGAGGAUGGACCAAUUACUCGUACAAGAUCUACCUGGAAAGCCAACCUGAUUGUCGUCUUUUUGCCAAAGUCUGCUUUGCUUACGCUCUUUGGGAUCCUUCGGAGGAGAGUACCUACUACGACCUCGACCGACAAACUACCGAGUUUCAAUUGAUGGAGCACUUUUCCGGCAAACUCAACAAUGCCAAGGUCGUCGCCACCCCCUAUCUGCUCUUGGACGUUUCGGAUGAUCUACGCAUCAUCGUCACGGAAUGGGCAUCUGCGGAAGAGCAAUGGGCGAACCAAUUCAUUGACGGCCACGUCGAUCGUCGUUUGCUUCCGUCGAUUGCCGAGACCAUGGCAUCCAUUCAUCUGACGACACCAGAAGAACUUCCCAAGAACUUGAAUCAAGGAAUGAAAGAAGGUCUCGGUACGAUGAUUUCGGCCUUUGACAAAGACGUUGCCAACCAUUAUGAGAAUGCAGACAUGUCGGCCGAUGCUUGCCUGUCUCUCCUGGCGGAACUUGGCCAAGAUCGGGUGUUUGCGAUUACAGAGGCCAUGAACCUUGCCGCAAAAACGGACCAGUCCAUUCUGGGUCAUGCGGAUCUUCACGUCUUUAACAUUUUGGUGGAAUCCAAGCCAGAUGACAAUGAGUUGGAAGUGUUUGGACCCAAGGGCAUCUUUUGUAUUUGCGACUGGGAAAUGGCCCAUUGGUGCCCCAAAGGCCGCGAUAUUGGAUUGCUCUACUGUUUCCCUAUUGCAGCGGCGUACUUUCAUGCUACCCAAGGGCACGUGAGACAGGCCAAUGAUAUGAUAGAUUGUUUGCGGGAACAUUGGGACGUCUAUUCCCUAGCAAUGACAAAGAACGGCAACAAGUCUCAAGCGUACCUGCGGGAAGCCUUUCGUUCAGUUCUUGGUUUUUGUGGAAUGUUCCUGUUUCUCAUCUUUUAUACAAAGGGUGGGUUGGUGGAUAUGAUUCAUAAGGAUGGCCUCUCGGACGAGGAUGUGUCCACUAUAAUGGGUUUGCUGGGCAAGACAGGUCUUCAUUUUUUGGAAUGGUCUUUCAUGGACGAUGUGGAUGAAGCAAGCCUGGAUCUGGAGGGUCUUCGCAAGUUGUUCCAAGCCUCUAUCGAGCAAGACAUGGCAACUUUGGUCUCCUCCCGAGCAGCGAAGCGUCCGAGCAUUCGUCGAUCAUCGUUGCUCCGUAAGCAGGGCCGCCGUGUCAGUGAUGCUUCUCUCUUGUCUAUGCAGAGCAUUCAGGCCACUUUGGAACUUGAUGAGGACUUUCAAAUGUGA